AUGGAGGAAGCCCCGGCACUUUCCCUGGUGAUCCACGGGCGCAAUGUGGAUGAGGGCGACUUGACCAUUCUGGUCACCCGCGAAGGCCGCGUCUGCCUGCGGGGCGACCUCCGACGGGUGGAAGUCCCGGACGGGCCGCAGGUGGUGGCGCGCGCCUGGGAGGCCGUGCCUGCGGCAGCGCCUGCGGCGGUGGCCGCGCCUGCGGCGGUGCCUGCGGCGGUGGCCGCGCCUGCGGCGGUGCGGCCGGUGGCCGCGCCUGCGGCGGUGGCCGCGCCUGCGGCGGUGGCCGCGGCGGCGGCCGCGGCCACGCUCCCAGCGACCACCGGGCCGCCCGCGGCGGUAGCCGCGCCGCCGGCGGCGGUGGCUGCGCCAGCGGUGAACGCCGCGGUUCCGGCGGCGGGGGAGGGCGCGGCGGUGGCGCCGGCGCUGAUCACGGUGAAGGUCGAGAGCCUGCAGGAAGCGGCAGGGCCAGCCGCGCCUGCAGGCGAGGCUGCUCCGCCAGCGGUGGAGCCUGCGGCCGCCCUGGGCGCGGCAACGAGCUCGUCAGAUGAGACGACGUCGCCAGCUGACGCAGUGCUAGCGGCAUCUGCAGCGGCCAAUGCGGCCGCGGGACCUGCAGCGGCUUUGCUAGCAGCCAAGGCCGCGGCAAAGCCAGCCGCGGUGCCGCCCCCGCUGCCAGAGCCCGAAGUGCCGGGGCAGGAGUCUUCGGAUGAGAUGGUGGAGGUAAAGAUCGAGGACGAGGAGGAGACCCCUUGGCCAGGGGACCUGCGGAGGCCGCAUAGCCCGAGCGCCUCGCCGCGUCGUCGGUACGACGCGGCAAGCCGGUAUAGCCGCAGCAGAAGCUCGCGGAGCCCGCGGAUCUUCGCGGGCGCGUGCCCAAAGAUGCGGCCGAAAAUGCCGCCGCCGCGGAGGCCGCCUCCGAUCGGCGCGCGGCCCCGCACCUCGUCGGAGGAGUCCGCUGGCUCGGAAGCCUCGGCGCGCUCUGCGUGCGGACGAAGCCGUAGCGGAGGCGGAGACAGCGCGCCGGCAAGGCUCUCAAAGCGGGCGCUGCAGCGUGAGCAGGGCAUCUUCCGAAGGCGCGCGGGGAAAGCGCGCCCGAAGGGCGGCCGGAAAGGGGACGGCCGCUGA